AGCAGGCGGUAGCCAGGCCCGCGGACGGAGGGCUCACGGCUCGAUGCGCAGCGCCGUCGUCGGCCAGACUCGGGCCGCUGUUAAACAGGCGCGAUGUUAUUCUCGCUGCGGGAGCUGGUGCAAUGGCUGGGCUUCGCCACCUUUGAGAUCUUCGUGCACCUGCUGGCCCUGUUGGUGUUCUCUGUGCUGCUGGCACUGCGAGUGGAUGGCCUGGCCCCGGGCCUAUCCUGGUGGAACGUAUUUGUGCCCUUUUUCGCCGCCGACGGGCUCAGCACCUACUUCACCACCAUCGUGUCCAUUCGUCUCUUCCAAGACGGGGAGAAGCGACUGGCUGUACUGCGCCUCUUCUGGGUUCUCACCGUCCUUAGCCUCAAGUUUGUCUUUGAGAUGCUCCUGUGCCAGAAGCUUGUGGAGCAGACUCGAGAGCUCUGGUUCGGCCUGAUCACGUCUCCGGUGUUCAUUCUCCUGCAGCUGCUCAUGAUCCGGGCCUGUCGCGUCAACUAAGCCUCCUGCAUGGGGCUGGAAAUAGAGCGCUGCGUGCAGCUGGAGUGCUGGACCUUCCAAUCCAGACCCUACUUGGUGCCACACUGGAGGAGCUUUGGUCAGAAAUCAGUGUCUGCUUGUGCCCAGUUUACCGUCCAGUUUUUCCUUAUAUCUAAGAUUGUUUCCUCAGCAAAACUUAAAAGCGAAGCCUCGGUUAUUAAAAUGUAUUUCUUGUUAGCCAUGCUCUUGAGUUGCCAGACAAUGCUGAACUUUUCUGACAUUUUGGAAACUGCAUAUAAGUAAAAUAUCCUGAUAGACUCUGAUUAUUUCUCAUGGUGAUAUGCCCCUGUAUAAAUCAGCUUGUUCACUCAGCAGUACUGAUCUCAGAGCUUACCCCUCCAUCUGUCCAUGCCAGACUUCUUUAUACAAUUGAUAAUGUGCGAGGGCUUGUGUCACCUUUUCUCUGUUCUGGGGAAGAAUAGUCUUUUCUUCAUUGCAUCUCACAUAGAGCCAGCAGACUGUUGAAAGGAGCUUGACCAGGACCCUGUGUGGCUAUCUGCCAUCCUGAGAUGGAAAAAUCUGGUCUCAAGACACUGUUUGAUUUCCUGUCCCAACAGAUAGAAGUCUCACGGACUUUCCCACCACCUUGUGGCAGGCAUUAUUAGUACACCUGAGACAGACAGACUUGAUAAGGGACCAAAGACAGGAACUGGCGCUCAUAUGCCCCUGGAAAUGUAUACUUACACAUAGAAUUGUGAACAGCUUGAGUUCUU